AUGGUAUCCUUCACGGCUCUCGUUACCACUUUUCUUGCAGUUGCUGGUGUUGCAAUCGCCACGCCAACACCAAAGCUCGCUGAACAGCCGGUGGUAACCUAUCUCGGUACCCAAGGACCUAUUCUUUCAAGCGGUGCAUGGACAUCCAAGGGCAUAGUCUAUACCUCGGGAACUGUACCUUCGUUCAACGGAACGAUUGUAUCAGGCGGCAUUGAAGCUCAAACGGCUCAAGUCAUCAAGAACAUUGCCGUUAUCCUCGAGGAAGCUGGCACAUCGUGGGACUAUGUUAUGAAGACUACUGUCUUCCUUGCCAACAUGUCAGACUACACGGCUAUGAACGAGGUCUAUGCUGCUAUGCUACCCAGCCCAAAGCCUGCACGUACCGCUGUUGAGGUUGGCAAGUUGCCGGGCAACUUUUUGAUCGAGGUUGAGGCUAUCGCUGCCAUUCCGGACUCAUGA